AUGACCACCGCUCACAUUUCUUCUCCCUUACCGCAGGACCUGUCGAGAUCCGUGACGACGAGUCCUGCUGUCCAGCUGCCUUGCGCGCCUCCCGAGUCUCUAUCUUUAUUCUCCAGCUCAUCCAGUUCGCGAACCGACCGUCGUUCAGUUGGGGCGAACAUUGGCGCCGAGAUCGAAGCGGAACAAUUUGCUAAACCCGGCAACAAUUGGCGGGGCUCGAUAUUUAGAAAGCUGGCGGGACCACGGGAGAACGCAAAGCGCCUGCUCCGCUUGGGGGCCCCCAUUCACUCGCCUUCUCCGUCUUCGCCACCCAUCCGCCCCAUGCAACGAACUCGCCGUCCACGUCCUGUCUCCGAGAUUGUGCUCUCGCCGGACGAUGCACAAAUGCUCGCCGCUCCGAAUCUAGCCACGGGGAGAAUGCGCGCCGGCUCCUCGCCGACGGCAUCCGUCUCCCAUUCCUCUUCGGCUUCGACUCAUACCAACGCGGCUUCUUCGGAUCCCGCGGUACCCUUCCCGACGCUGAGAAACGAAAAGAUUGUGGCGUCUGGCAGUGGUAUUUCGGUGGGAAUCGCUCUGACAGAGCCCGUCCUAUACCUCCAGGGCUACGAUCAGAAUGAUCCCAGCACCAAAAAGUCUGCCAUCCUGCGCGGGCAAUUGCAUCUCAAGGUCACCAAGAGUGUGAAGAUCAAGAAGAUCUCGAUUUGCUUCCGUGGUCAGGCGCAGACCGACUGGCCCGAUGGCAUUCCACCCCGGAAAAUCCACUUCCAUGACAAGAAAGAUCUGGUCACUCACGGAGUCAUGUACUUCAACCAUGGCGAUACUGCCUUGAUGCAGAAUGACUACGGUGCUCACUUUUACCAACAUGCGAAGCCGAUCACCUCCGUCGCGGGCAAGGAUGGCCCAACCGCGGUCACUCGCGAGAUCUUCUCCAAGAGUGGAUCGUCGGUCUCGCUGCAGACCGGACAGGCGACAAGCCGAGAGCUCAAGCGACUCUCGCUGCAAUCCAACCAGUCGCGCAGUUUCGGCAAAAACGACCCUCCCAUCGUUCCGCCCGCUCCGCAGCGCAACUAUCGCUUGUUCCCGGUGGGGGAUUACUUGUACAGUUUCGAAUUCCCGAUCGACGGGUCCCUUCCGGAGACCAUAAAAACGGAUCUGGGGUUUGUUCGGUAUGAUCUCGAGGCCAUUGUCGAACGCUCCGGUGCAUUCCGCCCUAACCUGCUGGGCAACUUGGAGGUGCCUGUGAUUCGCACCCCGGCGGAAGGCUCGCUGGAGCAGGUUGAGCCGAUCGCUAUUUCUCGCAAUUGGGAAGACCAGCUGCACUAUGAUAUUGUGAUCUCCGGAAAAUCUUUCCCUCUAGGCACCCAGGUUCCCAUUGCGUUCAAACUGACUCCCUUGGCCAAAGUGGAAUGUCACCGGAUCAAAGUUUACGUGACCGAAAACACUCAGCACUGGACUUCAGACAAGUCUGUUCACCGGUUCGCGCCGGCUAAGAAGGUGCUUUUGUUUGAGAAGCGAGCCGAUUCCAUCAGUUCCAGCACGUAUCCCGGAAGUUCGAUGCGAGUCAUGUCGGGCGGUGGCAUUGCCUACGACCAUCGUGCGGCUGCCGCUAGAGGGGAGGAAGUCGUGGAUCGAAAUCGAACCAACCUUCUCGGAGAUCUCUCGACCGAUGCCGGCGUUGGGCCGACCGAGAUGGAGUUCAAUGUCCAGCUGCCCAGCUGCCAUGAGAUGAGGAACCGGGAAGAGUCCCAGCGGUUGCAUUUUGACACCACCUAUGAAAAUAUCCAGAUCAACCACUGGAUCAAGAUCGUUUUGCGUCUCUCCAAGCCGGAUGAAAGAGACCCUAACAAGCGUCGGCAUUUCGAGAUUUCCAUCGACUCUCCGUUCCAUCUUCUCUCCUGCAAGGCCACCCAGGCUAACAUCUACCUGCCGGCGUACACGUCACCCAACUCGGACCCGGUGCCCCAAGCAAUGGAAUACGAGUGCGGGUGCCCCGGCGCGCCCAUCGUAUCUAGAGACAGCUCUAGCAGCCUUGCGCGCUCGCAGGAGGACCGAGAGGAGCCGCCAACCGGCCGGGCUGUCUCGCGGAGUUUCACAAGUGGCUCGGGUGGCUUGGCUCGACCUCCCCAGGCGCAUCUUGCCCACGAACCGGACGAACGGAGGCCUGAACCCGAACCGGCACCACGGCCCAUGCAUCUCCUGCGAGCUCCUUCUUUUGCACCUCCCGCUUUCGAAGACAUUCCUCCGCCGCCGCCGCUGGUGACGCCGCCUCCGGAGUACACCACCAUCGUCGGGGACAACGACCGCGAGACGAUCCUCGAGGAUUAUUUCUCGCGGCUGUCAACCUACGAAGACACCGCCGACGACGAACGAGGUCGCGGACGGGUCGAUGUGCCUUUGACUCCCGGCGGGCGAGUAAAUCGCAGCAUGGACGUUCCCCGAGAAUGGGUCCGUCUGGACCAGUCAGCCACUUAA